AUGGGCCUAUCCAGCAACGACGAUGGGGACUCGAACGUGUGCGGCAUGCCCAACCCCCUAACAGCCGAUGCUCCAGACCCAUUUAUUGGGAACCUCUCCUUUAGAGAAUUCAAUCUGUGUCUCUCGGGCGGCUGUACAGCAUUUGUUUCCCUGUCUAUGGCCAUUCUCAUGGCAAGACACGCCACACAUUUCAGUAAACCCAACGAGCAGAGCAAGAUCUUGAAAAUUUGCCUCCUCCUUCCAUUCAACAGCCUGUUGUCGCUUCUCGGGAUCGCGUUCCCGAAUGCAUACCCAUACCUCGACCCGUGGACGGACGUGUGGGAAGCAAUCGCUUUGGGGAGUUUCUUCCUCUUGCUCUGCGAGUUUGUCUCACCGAGUCCGGAUUUUCGCGACGUCUUCUUUGCCGCCCUUGAGGUUCCGCGGUCUCGCAGAGCUGCCGAGAAGGGGCGCAAUGCCCACGGCAGUGGGUUAGAAUGGUACAGGAAACGAUGGGUCGUCGUGUUCCAAUACGUGGUUAUAUCCCUAGGGAUUGCUGUCGCCACAGACAUCACUCAAGCCUUCAACAAAUAUUGUCUGGAGAGCAGCAACAUCCACUUCUCCCAUAUCUGGCUUACCAUAAUCCACAACAUCUCCGUCUUCAUUGCCGUUGCAUCGUGCAUCAAGUUCUACAAUGCGCUGAAAAAGGACAUGAAGCACCACAAGCCGCUGGCCAAGUUCUUGUCUUUCAAGCUCAUCAUCGGCUUGUCCGUCAUCCAAGAGAUCAUUUUCACCAUUCUCCGCUCAACCAGCGUGCUGAAAGAGAGUUCCACCAUGACUUACGCAGACGUCAACUUUGGCAUCGAAACCAUGACCACCUGUAUCCUGAUGGUGCCGUUUUCCGUCUAUUUCCACUACUCGUACGAUGUUUCUCCGUACGACAUCACGAAGCCACGGAUGCUCCCACUGUCGGAGAUCCCACCAGAGUACAUCGACGAUUCCAGGUCUUCCCAGGAAGGCUUGACGGGCAGGAACGGCAGUCAAGAGUCCUUCAACCAACACCGGCACAUGGCCCAUGAGACUGGUGGCCAGUACUACGGCGGGAGAUUCGGUGUCAAGGCGUGGGCAACGGUGGUCGACCUCAGAGAGAUUUUGAAGGCCAUCCAAUUCUCCUUCACCAUGAGGACGACGGCCAGGAGGAUGAACAGGAAGGUUGUGGGUGUUGAUGCUUCUCCAUCUCCACCGUAUUAG